CAGGGGCUCCGCUCGGCGCGAGCGCCUUGGGUUUGGUGGCAGGCACCUAAAUAAAAGCGCUUUGUGCUGAUAUGGAGAGGAUGUCUAGUCUUAAGACUAGGGAAGGAGGUGAAAUAAGAGUCCCCUUAUUUAACAGAGAAGGAAAAAGUCGAUUUAGUCCAAGUCCUGGAACUUCAAAACCUUGGUUUCUAAUUCCAUACCACCCAGAUUCUGCUUCCCAUCAGACUGCUAGGAAGCAAGAUCUUAAGAUGAGCUUGUCCAGGUGGUGAAGCCAGUGGGAGGAGUGAAAGCAAGAAGUCGCUAUGACACUGAAGAAAUGGCUCAGAUGUUUGUCAUUGUUUGCCAGAAGUUCUGCCUAGGAGCCGGCUAAAACAGACUACUCCCCUGUGCAGUCGUUCCAUCUACCCUAAUAAGGCUUUGGCGCCUCUCCCAGAACUCGGUCCAGGGAAUGCUCUCUGCCUGGUCCAGCCCCGACAGACGCCGUCCGAGAAGAGCGGAGCGCGGAAACCGCGGAGCAUGAGUCCUCCGAGGCUGCGAGCGUCGCUGUCGCCGUCGCUGCUGCUGCUGCUGCUGCUGAGUGGUUGCCUCCUCGCGGCUGCUCGGAGAGAAAAGGGGGCUGCUAGCAACGUGGUGGAGCCGGUCCCCGGGCCCACAGGCAGCUCCUCGGGUCGCUUCCUCAGCCCCGAACAGCACGCGUGCAGCUGGCAGCUCCUGCUUCCCGCCCCGGGGGCCGCAGCGGGCAGCGAGCUGGCGUUGCGCUGCCAGAGCCCGGACGGAGCACGCCACCAGUGCGCCUACCGCGGGGAGCCGCAGCGCUGCGUAGCCUACGCCGCUCGCAGCGCGCACUUCUGGAAGCAGGUGCUGGGCGGGCUGCGCAAGAAGCGGAGGCCCUGUCACGACCCCACGCCGCUCCAGGCCCGCUUGUGCGCGGGCAAGAAGGGCCACGGUGCCGAGCUCCGACUAGUGCCCCGCACGUCCCCGCCCGCACGCCCCUCCGCCGCGGGAUUCGCGGGGGAGUCCAAGCCCAGGGCCCGCAGCCGGGGACGGCCCCGGGAGCGUGCGCCCGGCCCAGCCGCUGGGACCACGCCACCCCAAAGCGCACCGCCGAAGGAAAACCCCUCUGAGAGGAAGACCAACGGGGGCAAGAGGAAGGCGGCCUUGGUCCCCAACGAGGAGCGACCCAUGGGGACCGGGCCCGACCCCGACGGGCUAGAUGGGAACGCGGAGCUCACGGAGACCUACUGCGCUGAGAAGUGGCACUCCCUCUGCAACUUCUUUGUCAAUUUCUGGAACGGCUGAGACUGCCUGCCAGCUUAGGGAGGGAUGGGGGGGAGGCGUGGGGAAGGGAAAGCUAAGGCCGUCUUAGACCGGGGGCUACCAUGAUAGAGAAUGGGGAGAAGUCCAGGUUCCCGAAUGGGGCGGGGGCAAGGGUAAGGGUGGGGUGCUUGGGAUGAGAGUGUAAGGGGUAUGGAGAAUCUCUAGGAUAGCAGAGACGUUAAAAAUUUUAAAGAGUCUCAGUCCUGAUUAAGAGUAGGAAAAAUAAUGGAAACAGAAAUAGGAGUACCUUAAGUGUGCAAAAACUAGAGACUGGGGAGAGAAAUCGAUGUCGAGAGAGGCUGAGAAUAAGGGGGAGAUAGAGUGACUAAGGUGAUGUGAGUCCCAUGUGGGGAGGGGGAUGCAAUGCUUAUUGUUUAACAUUUCUAUUAAAUGCAGCCAUGAGCAAUUGCCAACCUGAGCCAGGUUGAAUCAUGUCUUCUCACCUAAUCAGCUAACAAGACUGCAGACUUCUUUCCCCUUUUUGAAUUGGUAUAAACUUGGAUGCGGCGUAGUGGGUGUCAUAGAUAACCUUUAUAGGAACAGAAGCCUCACAGGUCAAAACUGGCUCCAAGGAAAGGUUUGCAGAAUGAUUUCCUUUCCAUUCUUUUAGAAGAUCUACUUUUUUUUUUUUUCUAAGACAGGGUCUGGCUUGCCCAGGCUGGAGUGCAGUGGCUAUUCACAGAUGCAAUAAUAGGCACUGCAGUCUCCAACUCCUGGCCUCAAGGGAUCCUCACAUCUUAGCCUCCAGGAUAGCUAGGAGUAGCUGGGACUACAAGCAUGCACCGCUGCACUUGGCUUAUAAGUGCUACUUUACUUUUAUUUUUGAGACAGGGUCUUGUGUCAUCCAGGCUGGAGUGCAGUGGUGCAAUUAUGGCUCACUGCAGCCUCGACAUUCCAGUCUCAAAUGAUCCUCCUGCCUCAGCCUCCCGAGUAGCUCGGACUACAGGGGUGUGCCACUAGAAGUGCUACUUUUUAACAAAAUGGUGACUAAUGUUCUGGAACUUUCCCAUUAACCUUCUGCAUUUAGAAGUGAAUUAUAGAUGUUGAGUGUUCCAGUAAAAAGUGAUUCUCUUUAUAUUUGAUGAUAUUUUUUAAAAUAGCUAAAAUGUAAGUAUGUAUCUCAGAGUCAUUUUGACCAUUAUGGAAUUUGUAUCUCUCUGUUUCAUGUAACUAAUUAUUAAUGUAUUUCAUUUGUGUGUGUGAUGUAAUGAUAGACUGUGUAUGUUAGGUGCUCAAUAAAAACUGUAUGGUUAGAUUUAAAGAAUUGA